AUGGAGGCCGAUAUCUCGAGAGAGCCUGGUCUUCGGCCGAGCUCGCUAAGGAAUGAAAGCUGGACCUUGAGCGUCAUCGCAGGCACGACGCCCAUCCAGAUUUCUUUGCUUGUCGCAUUCAGCCAGCUCGUCCCGGCCCAUACCGUUACGCUCUUCCGAGGCAUCAUCUCCCUUCGCGUUCCCCGAUUCCCCUCCUCUACCUCGGAAUCCUGGACCUAUCUCCGAUUUUACAAGCUCGUCUUCCCCGACCUAGACUCAUCGCAGCCCUCUUCCCUGCGCGGAGAUGCUAGCGAAACCUUUGCAUUUGCCGAGUUCUUCCCCGGCCCUGCGAAACCCAUCGUUUCCCAGUUCUCGAACGCCGUGUUCGAUAUCCUAGUCUCCCUGCGAAUCUGCACCCCUUCACGCAGGCCGAUAUCUCAGCAGCGAGGGGUGACAACACUUACUUGCAGCGAAGUGUCCCCGGCGGCGCAAGGGCCGAGGCGGAGCGACGCCGAGCUCUCGCACUCAGGACUCUAG